CAAAGAUGGCGUCCUUCCUGGUUUCCUGGCUGACCGACUCGACUGUAAACAAAUAAAAGUACUUGAACAUUUCUUUCCAUUUGUGGAUUUUUUUCUGCAUCAAACCAAUGGACAAGUUCUGAGCUUUAUUUUUUAGCGGUAAAUCAUCUAACCUUCAGUUUAGUCUUUGAGACACCAUGGAGUUCAUGGUACCUUUACCGUCUGAUUUCGAAGAGUCUGCAAAACUAACUCUUGGAAAUUGGCACAGCCUGAACCAAAGGUUUAACAGUUACGACAAGCUGCUUCCUAAAGGGCCUGGGAAGGGUCGUCAAAGAAAAAAGUCACUUUUGUCUUACCUCGGAGGCAAGCAGGUCGUAGAGAUGGUCAAGUCCCUUGCCACUUAUAGUGAUGACCAAGAUGUGGCUGCCAAUAUCCUCCUGGAAAAAAUCAGCAGUGCUUGUUUACCCAAGUUCAUUCUGCUGUACGAGAGAUAUAAGUUCUUCUCCAUAUCUCAGAAGAAAGGAGAAUGUAUUUGCAGUUUCCUAGCAGACUUGAUUCGAGUUUUUGAAUUCUGUGAGCUGAAGACUCUACAGCUGAGAGAUCGAAUCAUCGGAGGAAUUGCUAAUGAAUCUCUGAGCAUUUUGCUGAAGACAAAGUUCCCUGAUCUCAAAGAUGUGUUUGAUGUUUGUCAGAAAAAGGGUGUUUGUCAAGAUGGCAGCUGUGAAGUAAACUUUGGAUGUGUGAAAAAAAAAGUGUCAGAGCGGCUUGAUGCACAAGGUGAAGAAGGAGAAUUAGAAGACUCAAUUGAGGAAGAUUCAUCAUUUCUCAGUUCAGAAUUACAAAAUGGUGAAACAAAAACUGAGGCAGUUACAAAUCCAGAUGCAGUUAAAACAGAAGAGGAUGAGACUCAAAAGCUGCCAAAGAGGAAAGAGCGAUUGAGGAAGAGACCCCAAGUUAAGGCAAAGCUAGGUGUUUCAAAGUGUUCUGCAGAUCAGGUGAGCCCUGUGAAACGAAAGUAUCCUCGAAGAGGAGGAAAAGCUUCAGACAGUAAACAAGCAGCUAUGAAUCCCUCUGUUGUUUUAGAGAGAACAUUAUCCCAAAAGGCAAAGAAGAAUUCCUUUUUCCAAUGCCACAUCUGCACAACUCUGUGUAUGGAUGAAACUGAUCUCGCCUCCCAUUUUAAGUCUGUUCACAGCCUGAAUGUGUUGUCUGUCACAAUUUCAGAAAAUUCCUCCCAAGCGUCUAAUGGACAUAAACUAAAAUUAUCAGAACCAGUCAAUUCUGUUAAGGAAAACGGAAGUGCAGACUUGUUGAGUCAUCCUCGGAAAGACGACAAAGAAGAAGAAGGUACCCAUAAGGUGAUUUCUGAUGAAGAAGAUGAUUCUGGUGAUACUCUCAAUGAUACUGGGGUUGAGGAGAGCCAAUCUACAACAGAAAGAGAAGUCGUGAGUGCUGAAGAAGUGAGGAAGAAACAGCUCCAGUCCAAAGCAGCACUUCUACUGAAGGCUCAGAAGCUUGGAAUGAAGCUCCCUAUCAAGAAGAACAAGGAAAAAAAAUACAAUUAUGAAUGUGCAAUCUGUGCCAAACCAUUCCGUUGGCCAUGUGUACUGAAGCAACAUUUCCUUCAAAAGCAUCCCGAAGAAACCAUGCCGGACGAUUUAGGAGGAGUGUGUACCUUCUGUGGAAAAGUGUUCAAGUCUUCAGGUACCCUUCAUAAGCACGAGUCAAUGCACACCAGGCAGAGGUACCCUUGUGAACUUUGUGGGGCUAUUCUGGUCAGUAAGAAGAAAUAUGAUUACCACAAAGAGGUACGACAUGGGCCAAAGGCUAGAGACAAACCAUUUGUAUGUGAAGUGUGCGGGAAAGCUUAUCGUUUCCGGUGCAAUCUUCGUGACCACAAAAGCAAACACAGUUCAGUGAAACCAUAUCAGUGUGACAAGUGUGAUCUGAGCUUCAAGAAGGAGAAGACGUUUAACCUUCAUCUCAAAGUGCAUGCUGGGGAGGCUCCUUACAAGUGCGAUACUUGUGGCGAAUGCUUUAUCAGUAAAAAACCCUACGAGAACCAUGUGAGGAAGCACAGUGGGGAGAAGCCUUUCAUCUGUCCUACGUGUUCGUCAAGGUUCAGAACAAAACCUGCACUCGCUGCACACAUGAAAAUCCACGAUGCUAACCGGCCACGCCCCUUCAAGUGCACAGCGUGUGGUUAUAGCUGUACGAAGCGCUGCAAUCUCAUCAAACAUAAUCUCAAGCAUACAGGACAGAAGCCGCACAAAUGCCCAAUCUGUGAUGCAGGCUUCACCACCACGUAUGGAAAGAACAAACACUUACGCCGAACUCAUGGCAUACAAGACCCUCAGGCUGCCCUUUCUGGAGAUCUGAGCAAGCUGCCGGUUACUGCGGCUGCUGCCACUAGGAAAGUUGCUGGCAAUAGCAUGAAGGCUCCUGGUCCAUCUCUUCUUCCACCGCACUCUGUUCCUCCACCGUCGCUUCCUCCUCCUCCUCCUCCUCCUGCACCACCUCCUCCCCCUCCGCAGUCGUCCCAACCACCAUUGCAAUUCCAGCCAAAUGGACCACUGACUUUAAUGGAGGAUCAUAAGGUACUUACAACUCUGCCAAUGUCUGUUGCCAUGCCUGUUGGGCCUCUUGUGUUUGAUGCUCUCGACAGUCAGCAAAGUGAGGCCCAUUUGGCACAUAAGACAGAGCUCAAAGACCAGAGAGUUCUUUCUGUGUUUGAUAUGCCACAGCAACAACAGCAGCAGCAGCAGCAGCAGCAGCAUCCAUCCCAGAAUGACUGUCGCUACGACCGCAGCUUGGAAUACUAUGAACGCCCUCAGAACCCUGCUACUGAUCCUGCAGCGUAUGAGCCAAACAUGACUGUGUAUCAAGCUAUGCGCACUUUAAAUUUGAAUUACUACUAUCCUACUUCCUAAAGAUUUUUGAAAGCCAAAGGGAAGUAUGCCUCCUCAGAAACAGUUGAUAAGACUGAGAAUGAGAUAUUGUUUUUUAUAACUAUGUAGAAAUUGUGGUAAACACUGCUGGAUUCAGGUUAUUUUUAGCAUUUUUUGCUCAGGGAUAGACUUUUGUUACUCACUGUUCAAGUAAACCUAAUGUGCUAUAAAUAGAUCAACUUUAUCAGCUCAAAUUUGUGAAAUGUCGAACAUUGUGUAUAUAUAUAUGUAAUAGGCCUAGGUACCUUUUACAUAACAAGUCAUUUUUCUACAUGUAUCAAGUUUUGUGUUUAAUGCCAGAAUACUCUAUUGACAGUCCAGGGAACUGUUUUCAGUUACCAUUAUGACAUUCUUCAUAUCAGUGAUAUACACGUGCUUGGGCAUAUUUUUGAGAGUGAAAAGGAGAGAGAGAGAGAGAGACUCGGAGUGUGCUUGUAGAGCUCCAAUUGUGCAAUUUGUGUAUUCCUGGUUCUUCCUUUGUUUUGUCAGGCAACAAAGACUCUUGAACUAAAAAGUUUGGCACGGAUGAAUAUGGUAAAGUACCGUAAAGUCAAGGAUGCAUAUCAUCGACAGGAUGUUGAAAUAUACUAGGCCGAGAAAGCAUAAUAUUUUACAGGAGAGAGGAAAAAACUGUUUUAUUCUUUUAACAAUUGU